CUCAUCACUGCUCUACCAAGGCAGCCAGGGGAGAUCCGGACACCGGCCAGGAGCAGCAGCAGUGAUGCGCCAGCUCAUCUCCCUCGUCGUGGCGACCCUCUGCCUCGCUCACCAUGCUGCUGCAUUCGUCCCCUCCCCUCUUCUCAAGACCUCUUCAUCACAGCCCCAGCAGCGGUCGUCGUCCCGGCUCACCCCCCAGAUGCUGCAGCUGAAAGGCGAGGCGUCCACAGCGCUUCCCUUCCUUCGCAGGCCGCCAGCGCUCGACGGCUCGCUGCCCGGCGACGUGGGAUUUGAUCCCGUGGGAUUUUCCUCGCUCGACAAGAACUCUGACGGCAACCCGGGUUUGGAUUUCUACUGGUUCAGGGAGGCGGAGAUCAAGCACGGGCGGAUCGCGAUGCUUGCCACGGCGGGGAUCCUGUUUGUGGAGCUGGUGGGAACGAUGCCCUUCUUCCCCUACCCCAACAAGAGCCAGAUGGACGUCUUCUGGGACGUCUACCGGGACAAACCCGCCCUGAUCUUCUUCUCCAUCAUCAUGAUUGCCGUCAUGGAGAUCACUUCCGGAUUCGCUAUCACGGCGGGGCGCGAGAGCGGUCUGAGGGAGCCGGGCGACUUCAAGUUCGACCCUUUGGGCUUCGCCAAGAACAAGUCGCCCGAGGCCAUGAAGACCAUGGCCACCAAGGAGGUCAAGAACGGCCGGCUGGCUAUGCUCGCGGCGGCAGGCAUGAUCCUCCAGGGGCUCGCCACACACAAGGGGUGCCUGGAAAACCUGAGCUCUGCGCUCACGGGCAAGUAGAGCGAGCGAUGGUGUGUGUAUGGAUGGAUGAAGGGCGAAAAGGGGGCCACGACAGAUUUUCGAGAGUGCUGUUUUUGCUCGUGAUAUGAUG